AAGAUGCAGAGCUAAUACAGUCCGUGUCACGGGGCGAAUUAACGGAGACGUGGAUCAUUUUCUCCACAGGAAUUUUGGAUUUUGAAUCUAUUAUUCUCGUAACACUUGUUUUUGGGGAAAAAGCGACAAGCUACGGAAAAUAGGCCAAAGGGUUUCAAGGAUUCUUUCCUCAACAAAAAUGUCGGACAGAACAAUGAGGAGGCAAGUAUCGUUAUUUUUCUCGAUUAUGUCUCUCACAUCAGUGCUCGGACAGGUCAGCUACACAAUUCCCGAAGAAAUGGCGAAAGGCUCUCUAGUCGGUAAUAUAGCACAUGAUUUAGGUUUAGAUGUUAAAAGACUAAUAUCAGGGAAAGCUCGGAUACACACUGGAAAUAACGCGGAAUACAUCGAGCUGAGUAGAGAAAGAGGAAUGCUCCUAAUCAAAGAAAGAAUAGACAGAGAAGCGCUGUGCGGCCAAGUGACACCUUGUGCUUUACAUUUUCAGAUAAUUUUGGAAAACCCCAUAGAGUUUUACAGGGUCACGAUCGAAAUCACUGAUGUCAAUGACAAUACACCUCUCUUCCAGAAGGAUGCAAUGAAAUUUGAUAUAAGCGAGUCGGCUAUGAUCGGUGCAAAAUUCGUUCUCGAGAGGGCGUUUGAUUCUGACAUUGGGGUAAAUGGGCUACAGAGCUAUUCACUCCACCCUACCGAUAAUUUCAUUUUAAAAUUGCACGGUCAAGCUGAUGGCAGUAAAAAGGUAGAAAUGGUUUUACAGAAACCCUUAGACCGAGAGAAAGAGGAGCAGAUAUCUUUACUGCUGACUGCUAUGGAUGGGGGCGAGCCAAUGAUGUCUGGAACGGUGCAGAUUUACGUUACCGUCUUAGACGCAAACGACAAUGCUCCCGUUUUUUCUCAACCAAUAUAUAAGGCACGUUUGGAAGAAAAUUCUCCGAAAGAUACGCUGUUAACUACAGUGAGAGCAACGGAUAAAGACCAUGGUUCAAAUGGCUUGGUUACAUAUUCAAUAUCCAGUAGCACAGUUGGUAUUCUGGAUCACUUUAAAAUAGAUGAAAUCAACGGAGAUGUGCGUUUGAUAGGCGACGUAGAUUAUGAAAAAUCAAAACAGUAUCAAAUUGAUAUUGAAGCUAAAGACCAAGGGGGACUAUCAGACUCCUGUAAGUUAGUAGUGGAUAUCAUUGAUGUUAAUGACAACAAACCCCUAAUAGAUCUUAUGUCGUCAUCACGGCAGAUUCCAGAAGACUCUCAGUCUCAGACAGUGAUAGCAGUAAUGAGUGUACAUGAUCCUGAUUCUGACAACAAUGGAUUAGUCAGCUGCGUUCUUCCUGAAAUUAUUCCUUUCACAAUAAAAUCAACAUCAAAUGGUUUCUAUACAGUGUUGACAAACAGUGAUUUAGACCGUGAAAAGGCCUCUGAGUUCAAUAUUACUGUGACUUGCUCUGAUGAGGGAGUCCCCUCCCUCUCCAGCAGCGUCACUCUCACCGUACAGAUCUCAGAUGUGAAUGACAACGCGCCUGUCUUUGAGAGGAGCUCAUAUGAGGCCUUCAUUGUAGAAAACAACACCCCAGGCCUCUCUAUAUUCACAGUGAAAGCCAGAGACGCUGACUGGAACCAGAAUGCCCGUGUCUCUUACAUACUGGAGGACUCCUCGAUUAACGGUGUGCCCGUCUCCUCAUAUGUGUCUGUCAGUGCUGAUAGUGGAGUCAUCCAUGCAGUGCGCUCUUUUGACUACGAGCAGAUCAAAGAUUUCCAUUUUCGCGUCAAAGCGCAGGAUGGAGGCUCUCCUCCACUGAGUAGCAUUGCGAGUGUGAAAAUACUGAUCCAGGACCAGAACGACAACGCCCCUCAGGUUCUGUACCCAGUCCAGACUGGUGGCUCUCUGGUGGCUGAAAUGGUGCCUCGUUCAGCAGAGGUGGGCUAUCUGGUGACCAAAGUGGUGGCUGUGGAUGUGGACUCUGGCCAGAAUGCCUGGCUCUCCUAUAAACUGCAGAAAGCCACAGACAGGGCGCUGUUUGAAGUGGGCUUACAGAACGGGGAAAUCAGAACUAUCCGCCAAGUCACUGAUAAAGAUGCUGUGAAACAACGGCUGACUGUUGUGGUGGAGGACAACGGCCAGCCCUCUCGUUCAGCUACAGUCAAUGUUAACAUGGCGGUGGCGGACAGCUUCCCUGAAGUGCUGUCGGAGUUCACUGACUUUACACAGGACAAGGAGUACAAUGACAACCUGACGUUUUACUUGGUCUUGGCUUUGGCUGUGGUUUCCUUUCUGUUCAUCACAUGCCUGGUGGUUAUUAUAUCAGUGAAAAUCUACAGAUGGAGACAGUCUCGUAUCCUUUAUCAGUCCAACCUGCCGGUGAUUCCAUAUUAUCCCCCACGUUAUUCAGACACUUUGGGGACAGGGACUCUCCCACACGUGUACAAUUACGAGGUGUGCAGGACGACUGACUCCAGAAAGAGUGACUGUAAGUUCGGCAGAGCCGGUAGUCAGAAUGUCCUGAUAAUGGAGCCCAGUUCAACAGGAACGAUGCAGCGGAUACAGACUGAGAAAAGCAUCCUGGAUGAACCAGACUCUCCUCUAGAGGUGUAG